AUGCUGUGUGCAGGCGAUGGUCGAAAAUGGGGCCAGUCCCCAAUCGAUAUCGUCGAGGACAAUGCAAUCGGAAUAAAAUUUCCUGCGCUCAUCAUGAGCGGUCAUUGGAACCAAGAUGGCGAAAUAAGAAUGCGGAAUACCGGUAGCACCGUUCAAAUAACUCUGGAUGGAAAAAGGGGCCCAGCUACGAUACGAGGUGGUCCACUGUCAGACGAUGUACACGAGUUGGCAGAAGUGGUGUUUCGAUGGGGUUCUUCAAACUGCAAGGGCGCGGAACAUACUCUAAAUGGGACGUGGUUCACAAUGGAGGCACAAGCGAUACAUUUUAACAAGAAGUACGAGAACAUUCAGAAUUGUUGGCAGAAGAAAGAUGGGUUCGCCAUCUGCUCAUACUUUUUACAAGCAUAUCAAUUGCCACUCUGGGACGAGCAUCCAUUGUUUUCGAAGAUUACAGACAACUUGUACAAUAUCAUACAAGCUGAAUCAAACACGCAAUUACCAGGAAAUUCUUUGGGCUGGAUGCGACAAGCAUGUCAAACACCAGGUUACUACAAUUAUUUAGGAUCGAUGACAACUUUUCCGUUCUACGAGAAUGCCACCUGGAUUGUUUUCCCGGAAGCAGUCCGGAUAUCCGAAAACCAAGCGAAUUUAUUCCGAAUGAUAUGCAACAAGCAUGGCGCCCGCAUAACAGAAAAUUAUCGGGAAAUACAAGAUUUAAGUGGUCGGACAAUUUACUACGUAAACUAA